ACAGUGAUUGAUUCAGAUGGAGCAACCAACUCCACCAUUGCAUCUCUGACUGUCAACAAAGCAGUGGAUUACCCACCUAUUGCCAAUGCGGGACCUAAUCAGGCAGUCACCUUGCCCCAGAACUUCAUCACGCUGAAUGGAAAUCAGAGUAGCGAUGACCAUGAAAUUGUCAACUAUGAGUGGUCACUUAGUCCCAAAAGCAAAGGCAAGGUUGUAGCAAUGCAGGGAGUGCGGACACCAUACCUCCAGUUAUCUGCAAUGCAGGAAGGAGAUUAUACGUUUCAGCUGACUGUCACAGACUCUGCGAGGCAGCAGUCCACAGCUGAGGUCACACUGAUUGUACAGCCUGAAAACAACAGUCCUCCAGUAGCAGUGGCUGGCCCUGACAAGGAAUUGACCUUCCCAGUAGAAAGUACUACAUUGGAUGGAAGCAAAAGCCAAGAUGACCAAGGCAUUGUCUUCUAUCAUUGGGAAAAUAUCAGUGGACCAAGCUCUGUACAGAUGGAAAAUGGUGACAAACCAAUAGCAACUGUGACUGGUCUUCAGGUUGGUACCUAUCGCUUCAGGCUGACUGUGAAAGACCAACAGGGCUUAAGCAGUGCAUCUGUGCUGUCCAUUACUGUGAAGGAAGAAAACAACAGUCCACCCCGGGCGCGUGCUGGUGGGAAGCAUGUUCUAGUGCUUCCAAAUAACUCUGUUACCUUGGAUGGCUCAAGGUCUGCUGAUGACCAGGGGAUUGUGUCGUAUUUGUGGAUUCGGGAUGGUCAAAGCCCAGCAGCUGGGGAUGUGAUCCAUGGCUCAGACCAUGAGGCGGUACUGCAGCUGACUAAUCUGGUGGAAGGAACCUACACUUUUCACUUGAAAGUGACAGAUGCGAAAGGAGACUCAGAUAUUGAUUCAGCAACUGUUGAAGUGCGGCCUGAUCCCAGAAGGAGUGGUCUGGUGGAACUGAUUCUGCAAGUUGGAGUGGGGCAGCUGAGUGAACAGCAGAAGGACACCCUGGUGAGACAGCUGGCUGUAUUGCUGAAUGUUUUGGAUUCAGAUAUCAAAGUUCAGAAGAUACAAGCCUACUCAGAUAUAAGCACCGCGGUUGUGUUCUAUGUGCAGAACGGGCAUCCUUCCAAGGUGAUCAAGGCAUCAGAUGUCUCACGAACUCUGCAUGUACAGCUUUUGAAAGAGAAGGCUGACUUUCUGCUUUUUAAAGUCCUGCGGGUUGACACAGCUGCCUGUCUUUUAAAAUGCUCUGGACAUGGACACUGUGACCCCAUAACAAAGCGCUGCAUUUGCUACCAGCUGUGGAUGGAAAACUUGAUUCAUCGUUAUCUAAAUGAUGGAGAGAGUAAUUGUGAGUGGAGUAUACUCUAUGUGACUGUAUCUGCUUUUAUUUUGAUUGUGGUCAUGGUAGGGCUUGCCUGGUUCUGCGUAUGCUGCUGCAAAAGCAGAAAGAGGACAAAGAUAAGAAAGAAAACAAAAUAUACCAUCCUAGAUAACAUAGAUGAGCAGGAGAGAAUGGAGCUACGACCCAAAUAUGGUAUAAAACACAGAAGUACAGAACACAACUCCAGUCUGAUGGUCUCUGAGUCAGAGUUUGACAGUGAUCAGGACACUAUUUUCAGCAGAGAAAAGAUUGAAAGAGAGAAUCCUAAAACUCUCAUGAAUGGAUCCAUCAGAAAUGGAGUUUCCUUCAACUACAGUUCCAAAGACAGAUAA